AACAACAUGGAGGCGGAGUGAAGCUGAACCAACACUAACACACUUCAACCCGAGCAGGACCGGUUCGGCCCCGAAGCUGUCUGGUGUCCUUCCAGCAGUUCAUUAGAUGUCCACCCCCUCAGACACAGCAGGUGGUAUGUCCCAUCCUGGUCCUUCUCCGGGCCCCGGCCUGUCCCCAGGAUCCCCAGGACCCAUCUUGGGCCCCAGCCCGGGACCAGACCCUUCCCCAGGCUCUGUCCACAGCAUGAUGGGACCCAGUCCUGGACCUGGAACACCCAAUGCCCCCCAUGGCAUGCAGGGCCAGGGCGAAUACUCUCAGGACGGCAUGUAUCCUAUGCACAAGCCCAUGGACGGGAUGAGUGAGAAGACGAUGCCAGACGCGAUGCACUUUGGUCAGAUGAAAGGAGUGGGGAUGAGAUCUCUGCACAGUGGGAUGGGGCCUCCACAGAGCCCCAUGGACCAGCACAGCCAAGGAUACAUGUCUCCCCAUCCAUCGCCCAUGGGUGUCCAUGAGCAUUCUUCCAGCCCCAUGUCGGGAGGAGGAGGAAGUGGUGGUCCCACACCCCCCCAUAUCCCCCCCUCCCAGUCCGGCCCCAUGAUGCCCAUGGACCCCCAGGGAGGCAUGCCCAGUAUGUCCCCCAUGGGCCAGCAGGCGCGAGGACCUUCUGCUUUCAACCCGGUCCAGCUGCAGCAGCUCCGAGCUCAGAUCCUGGCCUACAAGAUCCUGGGCCGAGGGCAACCGCUGCCUGAGAACCUCCAGCUGGCUGUUCAGGGCAAGAGGAGCUUACCCAUAAUGCCACAGCAGCAGCAACAGCAGCAACAGCAGCAACCGCCACCGAGUGCGAGUCCGUACAACAGGCCUCCAGGAAUGGCCAUGGCUCCUUUGGGCGGACCCCAGCUGAGUCCCUGUCCGACCCCGACCAUGCAAGGACACAAUCAGAGCUUAGGACCCAAGCCUUGGUCUGAUGGUGAUAAUCAAGCCAAUGCCCAGAAGCACCUUACCCCUGGUUCCAGUGGACGCCCGUCCCCGGCUCCGGCUCAGGCUGUUGCCGUGCCGACUGGGCCGAUGGCAGGCGGGUCAGUGGCCCCUCAGCCUCCCGGGCAGCAGCCGUCCCCCAUGGUCCAGAUGCAGCAGAAGCAGAACCGGAUCACGCCGAUCCAGAAGCCCCAAGGUUUGGACCCAGUGGGAAUCCUUCAGGAGAGGGAGUACAGAUUACAGGCUCGGAUUGCUCAUCGGAUCCAGGAGCUGGAGAGUCUGCCAGGCUCGCUGCCUCCGGACCUGAGGAACAAAGCCACCGUGGAGCUCAAAGCUCUGCGCCUGCUCAACUUUCAGCGACAGCUGAGGCAGGAUGUGGUGGCGUGCAUGAGGCGAGACACCACCCUGGAGACCGCCCUCAACUCGAAGGCGUACAGACGCAGCAAGAGGCAGACGCUGAGGGAGGCUCGCAUGACCGAGAAGCUGGAGAAGCAGCAGAAGCUCGAGCAGGAGAAGAAGCGCAGGCAGAAGCAUCAGGAAUAUCUCAACAGUAUCCUUCAGCAUGCCAAGGACUUCAAGGAGUACCACCGCUCCGUGACCGCUAAGGUCCAGAAAGCCACCAGGGCCGUCAUGAACUGGCACACCAACACCGAGCGGGAGCAGAAGAAGGAGACGGAGAGAAUCGAGAAGGAGAGGAUGAGGAGGCUCAUGGCAGAAGAUGAGGAAGGCUACAGAAAACUCAUCGACCAGAAGAAAGACAAGCGUCUGGCCUACUUGCUGCAGCAGACGGAUGAAUACGUGGCCAACCUCACCACGCUGGUGUAUGAACACAAAGCUGCCCAGGCCGCCAAGGACAAGAAGAAGAAGAAGAAGAAGCCGAAGAAGAAGGUGGAUGGAGAUGGUGAAGGCACCAGCGCCAUUGGACCUGAUGGAGAGCCCAUGGACGAGAGCAGCCAGAUGAGUGAGCUGCCCGUCAAGGUGAUUCAGACGGAGACGGGGAAAGUUCUGCAGGGAACCGACGCUCCCAAGUCCAGUCAGCUGGAGGCCUGGCUGGAGAUGAACCCUGGGUAUGAAGUCGCCCCGCGGUCAGACAGCGAGGAGAGCGAGUCCGAGUUCGAGGAGGAGGAGGAAGAGGAGGGAACUAAGGCAGAACCAGAGGAGCAGAAGAUAAUCGAUCCCCAUGGAAACGUGGUGACUGUGAAAGUUGCCAAGCACAUCAUUGAGUCUGCCAAGCAGGAUGUGGAUGAUGAGUACAGUGUUCCCACCGGACAGACCAGCACCCAGUCCUACUACGGGGUGGCCCACGCUGUCAUCGAGAGGGUGGAGAAGCAGUCGUCGCUGCUGAUCAACGGGUUGCUCAAGCACUACCAGGUCCAGGGCCUGGAGUGGAUGGUUUCCCUAUACAACAACAAUCUCAACGGCAUCCUGGCUGACGAGAUGGGCCUCGGCAAAACCAUCCAAACCAUCGCCCUCAUCACGUACCUGAUGGAGAACAAGAGGAUCAACGGGCCCUUCCUCAUCAUCGUCCCUCUCUCGACUUUGUCUAAUUGGAUCUAUGAACUUGACAAGUGGUCACCGUCUGUCGUGAAAAUUGCUUACAAGGGCACCCCCGGCCUGCGGCGUGGGCUCGUUCCUCAGCUGCGCAGCGGGAAAUUCAACGUCCUGUUGACCACCUAUGAAUACAUCAUUAAGGACAAGCAGAUACUGGCCAAGAUCCGUUGGAAGUACAUGAUCGUGGACGAGGGUCACCGCAUGAAGAACCACCACUGCAAGCUGACCCAGGUGCUGAACACCCACUACGUGGCGCCCCGACGGCUCCUCCUCACCGGGACGCCGCUGCAGAACAAGCUGCCCGAGCUGUGGGCCUUACUCAACUUCCUCCUGCCGACCAUCUUCAAGAGCUGCAGCACCUUCGAGCAGUGGUUCAACGCCCCGUUCGCCAUGACCGGGGAGAGGGUCGACCUCAACGAGGAGGAGACCAUCCUGAUCAUUCGCCGCCUGCACAAGGUGCUCCGCCCCUUCCUGCUGCGCAGACUGAAGAAGGAGGUGGAGUCACAGCUGCCAGAGAAGGUGGAGUACGUCAUCAAAUGUGACAUGUCGGCCAUCCAGAAGGUUCUGUAUCGCCACAUGCAGAAAGGCAUCCUCCUCACAGACGGCUCGGAGAAAGACAAGAAGGGUAAAGGUGGAGCGAAGACCCUGAUGAACACCAUCAUGCAGCUGAAGAAGAUCUGCAAUCAUCCGUACAUGUUCCCGCACAUUGAGGAGUCUUUUGCUGAGCACAUGGGUUAUCCAAACGGAAUCAUCAGCGGGCCGGAUCUGUACCGAGCGUCCGGGAAGUUCGAGCUCCUGGAUCGCAUCCUUCCGAAGCUUCACGCCACCAACCAUCGAGUCCUGCUCUUCUGCCAGAUGACCACGCUCAUGACCAUCAUGGAGGACUACCUCAGCUUCCGCAACUUCCAGUAUUUACGUCUCGAUGGAGCCACCAAGGCCGAUGAUCGGGCUCUGCUGCUGAAGAAGUUCAAUGAGGAAGGAUCCCAGUACUUCAUCUUCCUGCUCAGCACCAGAGCCGGCGGCCUCGGCCUCAACCUGCAGGCCGCGGACACGGUCAUCAUCUUCGACAGCGACUGGAAUCCUCACCAGGACCUCCAGGCUCAGGACCGGGCCCACCGCAUCGGGCAGCAGAACGAGGUGCGCGUGCUCCGCCUCUGCACCGUCAACAGCGUGGAGGAGCAGAUCCUCGCCGCCGCCAAGUACAAGCUGAACGUGGAUCAGAAGGUGAUCCAGGCCGGCAUGUUCGACCAGAAGUCCUCCAGCCACGAGCGCCGCGCCUUCCUCCAGACCAUCCUGGAGCGCGAGGAGCAGAACGAGGAGGAAGACGAGGUGCCUGAUGACGAGACCCUGAACCAGAUGAUCGCCCGCUUGGAGGAUGAGUUUGAGCUCUUCAUGCGCUUUGACAUGGAUCGGCGCCGGGAGGACGCUCGCAACCCGAACCGUAAGCCGCGCCUGAUGGAGGAGGACGAGCUGCCGUCGUGGAUCAUCAAGGACGACGCCGAGGUGGAGCGGCUCACGUACAACGACGACGACGACCGGCCGUUCGGUCGAGGGUCGCGUGGCCGUCGGGAUGUGGACUACAGCGACGCGCUGACCGAGAAGCAGUGGCUGCGGGCCGUGGAGGACGGGAACCUGGAGGAGAUGGAGGAGGAGAUCCGGCUGAAGAAGCGCAAACGCAAGCGGCGCCCGGAGAAGGAGUCGUCGAGCCGAGACGAGGGAAGCAGCAAAGCCAAGAAGAAACGUGGACGUCCCCCGGCGGAGAAGCACUCCUCCAACCCCCCCAAGCUCACCAAGCAGAUGAACACCAUCAUCGACACGGUCAUCAACUACAGAGACGGGGCAGGAAGACAACUGAGCGAGGUCUUUGUCCAGCUGCCGUCCAGGAAGGAGCUGCCGGAAUAUUACGAGCUGAUCAGAAAACCUGUGGACUUCAAAAAGAUCAAGGAACGUGUGAGAAGUAGCAAAUACAGAGGGAUCGGAGACCUGGAGAAGGACGUGAUGCUGCUCUGUCACAACGCACAGACCUUCAACCUGGAGGGGUCACAGAUAUACGAAGACUCCAUCGUGCUUCAGUCUGUUUUCAAGAGCGCCAAGCAGAAGAUCGCCAAAGACGCGGAGAGCGACGAGGACAGCGAAGAGGACGAGGAAGACGAGGAUGAGUCCGAGGCCGAGGCCAAGUCGGUGCGGGUUAAGAUCAAGCUGAGCAAGGAGGGGCGGAGCCACGACAAAGGCAAGAAGAGGCCGAGCCGGGGGAAGGCCAAGCCGGUGGUCAGCGACGACGACAGCGACGACGACCAGGACGAGAAUGAUCAGUCGGACAAGAGCAAGAGCGACGACGAGUGAGACGAGGACCUGAGGAUGUUGUUUGCAGCACUUAGAAAAAAACAAAAGGACAAUAUCUUCCAUCGCUGUCGCUCCCGUGCAACUUCUCUUUUUUUAUUUGACUCCAUUUGUCUAUUUGUAUUUUGUGACUCUGUCCCCUUUGUCCCACCAGCUUGGAAAUGUAUUACUAUCAAUAAGCUAAAGCAAUACCGAUUCGCUUAUAUUCCUGUUUUUAAGACAGUUUUUUAGUAUAUAUUUUUUAACUCGGCGCUUUGACUAAGAUUUCAAUUCUGUACGGAAAAAGAAAAAAAAAAGAAAAGUUAGUUAGUUAUGCUUCACGCUCUUUUGCUUCAUUUGUACUCGCUUGCUUUGCACUUUUAGAAGAUUCAAUCUUAAAAUUCCAAGUUUUAAAAAACUGUAAUAAAAAAGAAAAAUAUGUUUGUGAAGCCGAGGGCGUCGCCGUGGAGACGCUGCUGAUCGAGUUACAAUCAACUUUUUAUCUGUUUCUGUUUCACCUUGUGCCAAAUUUGGAAACGUAGAAAAAAAAACGAUCGUCAGACGGAAGAUUGUUUGAUCGACGCUGUAACCUAGCAACCGUUACUGAGCCGGAAAAAGCCAGUUCAGCUUCAACAUGUAAAGUUUAGUCGUGUUUUCAGAAACUGAAUCUGUGAAUCAACAGAGAAAUAAUCAGAGAAGCAAAGAUUCCAGCUUCUCACUUUAGAAGACUUCCUGUUUGUCUUUCACAUAAAACUUUAGGUCAAAUAUUAUAAAACGUCAUUAAAGACAAAGUGUCCUCGGUACAAAGUUAAUCAUCUGAUCAUUAGUUUAAGGAGUUAUGUUUCAUAAGCUCCAUUCACGACGGUACAGCUCAUUUGUAAAGUUUUAAUUGUCGUAUCUUUAGAAGUUUAAACAUCGUGUUUGAAAAACCAGAACAGAAAAUCUGUCUGAAGAUGAUUUAAAUCUUUAAUCGUUCCUUCAUUACAAGAUAAAGUUGCUCAACACGUGAAUAAGACUCGGAUCAAAUCCAGACUUAUUACAUGAGAUGUGUAUUUUUACGUGUUUAGUGAGAUAUGAAAUGAUUAUUUAAAACCCUUGUUCAAGAUUCCCGUUAAAACAAAUCUUUAAUGAAAUUAUUUGAAUCUGCUGUAACUAACAACAUGAGUUUCCAGUUAAUCUGCAGAUUCUUUCCUGGAUCAAAUCAGUUUAUCGUUAUUGAAUCGAAUGUAAUGAAAUUCUGAAUGAAAAGAAGAUUUUCACUUUGUCCUGAUGAACGAUCGAGAGGAAAUCUUCUGAUAUCUGAAGCUGGAACCUGAGAAAUAUGGGAAUAUUUCUCUAUUUUUGCUUAAACAAGAACCACGAUAAAUUGUUCAUUAAAAGCCAAAAGCUUUUUAACAUGUUUCAUUUAGAAACCUGUGACCUCAAGUGACAGAUCCUCGUCAGACGAGUCCUCACAUUUCACGUGUUUUUCCUUCCAAUGUUUUCAAGCUGUUGUGAAUCGGAGCAGAAGUUCUGAACUUUGUCGAUUUUCUUGAACAGAAAAGUGUGUUUGUGUUUGUUUGUUUUUAUUAGUGAGAAUUUGGCCACAGAGCGACGUCUGAUCAUUGGCUGCAGAUUCAGUUUUCAGUUUUCUGUAAGAAAUAAAAACUCUGGAUCCCGGCGCCAGGCGUCAGAAUUCCUGUUACAUCACUUCCUGUUGGUUUUAAAGUGUCAGGCUGUUGCUGCAGAUGAUUUAAAAACUAUAGAAAAACAGUGUUAAAGUAUAAAAAAAAUAUCUGAUUUGAGUGACUUUGAAUUUCCUGGUAUAUUUCACAAUGUAUUGAUUUCUACCUUUGCGUGGAUGUGGUUGUGUUUCCAUUUUCUGGGUUGUAGCAUGAUCUCCUUCCUGCCCUGUACAUGCAGAUAGUCUCACUUUGGUCCGUGUGCUCGCCGACUCUCUGUAAGUGUGACUUGAUCUUUGCUUUCUUUGCACAGUGUCUUUGUGGUUGUAUAUCGAAGCCCGGGGCAAAUAAAAUCUCACCGAUUUUCAGCACAAGAAAAAAACAA